AUGCGUUUGUCCUUCAAAAUGCACCUGUUAAUGCUGGAAAACAAGAUGAGAGGCGCUCUCUCAUGGAGUGACUUGCUGGGUCUUCAUGCAGUCAUAGAUAUGGAUAAACCAUCUGUCUGGGGCUCUUUGAAACAGCGGACCAGGCCUUUGUUAAUCAACCUGAGCAAGAAGAGGGGGAAAAAGAACUCCAACAAGCCCCUAGACUUACGAGCAAGGCGUUCCCUGGACCGCCGCCUCAGCCUCUCUGUCCCUGACCUCCUGGAGGCAGAGGCCUUGGCCCCGGAGGGGCGGCCUUACUGUGGGCCCCAGUCAUCCUACACCUCGGUGCCCAGCAGCCUGUCGACAGCAGGGAUCUUUCCCAAGAGCAGCAGUAACUCCUUGAAACAGUCUGAAGACGAAUUGGAUUGGAGCCAGGAAGAAGCGGGACACCUCCACGUGGUAGAAACAGACUCGGAGGAGGCCUAUGCUUCUCCCACCGAGGACAGGAGGCCUUCCAGCAAUGGCAUCUUGGAUCCGCUCCAGAAAACUCCCGUUGAAGAGGAUACACUGGAAGAGCCAGAGAUUUUUGUGUUUAUGAAUGCUGUCAUCCAGAGUGUUCUGAUUCUCAGGAACCUAGAUGCGGGAUUGUGGGAUACCAGGGAUUCCUAUGAGGAAAAUCAUAAUUGUGCUCUUUUCAAAGAGAAACUCAUUGAUGUGGUUACUAUGUUUACAAAGAAGUGA